CUCCGACCACAUUUUGGAUUUAACAAACCAUGGCCUUUUCGAAGAUCGCUUCCGACAAAGAGGUUACCACUAAAGCAACCGUUGUUCGCAUGGCUCAAGUUCCUGCACUCUCUGCUUCUCCUUCUGUCUGCCUUCUACGAUUCGCCGGCGACUCUGCCUCCGGCGACUUGAUGGGCUCCGUCUUUGGCUAUUUACUACAUUCAAUCCUUAUGAUAUUACUCAAGGAUGCCUUUGUUGGGCAUGUCUCAGAUGCUGGAUUGUUUAAGAAGAAAGGAUUCAAAGGAUCCUUUGUGGAAGCAGGAUCUUAUGCCAAGUCAUUUGCAGUUUUGUCGGGAGUGCACAGUUUGGUUGGCAUCUUGAAAAGACUCAGAGGAAAGGAUGAUGACAUUAAUGCUGGGGUAGCUGGAUGCUGUACUGGUCUUGCUUUAAGUUUUCCAGGUGCACCACAUGAACUUCUUCAGAGCUGCCUUACUUUUGGGGCCUUUUCUUUUAUCGUUGAAGGGCUAAACAAGCAACAGCCAGCCCUUGCUCAUGCCAUCUCCAGUAAAACAAGUGUGCACUACCCCACACGUCCUCCUCCCUUGGCACUUUCUCUCCAACUUUCCCUUCCAAAUGAACUAAAAGGAGCCUUUUCUUUUUUCUGCAAGUCUCCGAAACAUCACAGUAAGGGCACUUUUCCCACAUCUCAACGAUAAAUCAUAGUUUUGGGGGUUUUUUAGCAACAUGUGAAUAAGACACGUUCUCUCUUUUUAGUUGGUGUUAACUAAACCAUGUUAAUAAUUUUCUAACAACUUAGGUUUACUUCUUGUUGAAUCUGGAAUUACUUCUGAUGAGAUGGUUGAUCUGGAUUUGUGCU